AUGGUUUUCCUGUUCACCUGGAUUUCCCUGUUGUGUGCCAGUAAAGUGCGGGGAAGCCAACAGUCGGAAAAUGUUACUCGAAUAUUAGACAGACUACUUGAGGGGUAUGACAACCGGCUGAGACCAGGGUUUGGAGGCCGUGCUGAUGAAAUCAAAACCGAUAUCUUUGUCACAAGCUUCGGCCCAGUUUCAGACGCUGAAAUGGAAUUCACUAUAGACGUGUUUUUCCGUCAAACAUGGAUUGAUGAGCGGCUCAGAUUUGAAGGACCCAUUGAGAUCCUGCGCCUCAACAACCUCAUGGUCAACAAGAUCUGGACACCAGACACUUUCUUCCGCAAUGGCAAGAAGUCAGUUGCUCACAAUAUGACUUCCCCCAACAAGAUGUUCCGUAUAAUGAAGAAUGGAACUGUGCUCUACACUAUGAGGCUAACCAUCAGAGCCGAAUGUCGAAUGAGACUGAUGAACUUCCCAAUGGAUGGACAUGCCUGUCCUCUCAAAUUUGGCAGCUAUGGAUACUCCAUUACAGAAGUUGUGUACACAUGGAAGAAAGGACCACUGUUAUCAGUGGAAGUACCAAAAGAGUCAUCAAGUCUGCUGCAGUAUGAUUUAGUGGGGCAGACGGUGUCCAGUGAAACGGUCAAAAUAAACACAGGAGAAUACUCUGUCCAGACUGUUUAUUUUAUGCUGGAAAGAAAACUAGGCUAUUAUCUUAUUCAAACAUAUAUCCCACUGAUCAUGAUUGUUGUACUCUCACAAGUUGUGUUCUGGAUCAACAAGGAGUCCAUCCCUGCACGUACUGUGGCUGGCAUCACCACAGUUCUCACCAUGACAACCCUCAGCAUCAGCGCCCGCCAUUCACUGCCCAAGGUGUCCUACACCACGGCCAUGGACUGGUUUAUUGCUGUGUGCUUUGCAUUCGUUUUCUCCGCCCUCAUCGAGUUUGCCGCUGUGAACUACUUCUCUACACUGCAUAUCCACAAGGAGAUGCGGAAGGCUGCACGGGUGGCCAGGGCAGCAGCUCUGGAGGCCAUGUUAGCGAGUGAAGAGGACGAUGAUGCAGACGAGGGCAUACCUGUAAUUACUCGAGCAACGAGGAGGAUGAGCUCGCUGCGUAGUGAACAGUUCAUGCCAGUGCAGGUGCCAGCCUUCUUCUUACAAGGCUCUGCUAUUCCAGCCAAUGCCUUCAUGGGCGACACCAGCCCCAUCGACAAAUACGCUCGAAUCCUCUUUCCCCUGUCCUUCGGGGCUUUCAAUUUGAUCUAUUGGGUUGUCUAUCUCACGAAGGACACCAUGGAGCCCUUAAGGCAGAGAGGAGAAACUCACAUUCACGCUCACACUUACCUGCAGUGUGACCGUGAUGCUAGAGGAGUAAUCAAAAGGAGGCCGUCCUUGACAGUGAGCACCCCCAUUCCUGGCAGUGACGUCAAAAGUGUCACAUGGCACCAAGCCCCAGGUGACUGUCACAGUGCUGACUUGGAGAGCAUGGGAAUCGACAUGGCUACUGGAGCGAGUCCCAGUAAGCACCACUGUAACAAGUAA